AGAGAUGCUCACAUGCUGAACCGCAGUGGCAGCAGCCUCAGUAACACGUCCCCUUGGAGACUAGGAGCAACACGUGAUGCGUCUACUUAUCAGGUUUAGUGAGCAGCGCCUAGGAACGACCUAAGUGGGAGAAAGAGAAGAAAAAGUGAGUUUUCUCACUCUCUUCGACUGUCGACACCCUUUAUCGUAAGUCUACUUCUUUGGAAGACAAAUCAGAGGGGGGUUAAAUUAUUGAGUUGACGAACUUUGAACAUCAUCAGAAACGCCAUUUUGAUUGCUCUCCGGAACAAGUUUGCAGUUUUUUUUCUAACUCCAUCAUCUCCAUUCACCAUCAUCUAUGCCUCGGCGCAAGCAGCCCAACCCCGACAAAGUCAAACUAUGAACAGAAGCUGCUGAGUGUCUCUGCUCUGCCCUCUCACCUACCCGACUGUGACCCCACCACUCCAUGACCCCUUGACCCCCGUGGUCCCGAACUCAUAAAUGGAUAUGAACGGCGGCUCCACUGAACAGGCGGCGAGCGUUGGAGGCGGGGCCACAGCAGCCAUGCCGAAGGACAAGCUCCAAUUAGACACAACAUGCGAGGAUCUCCAAGGGAAGGCCGAGGACGACAACAGUGAGGAGGCAGCGGCGGUGGAGGAGGAGGAGGAGGAGGAGGAGGAGGAGACGGUGCCUCGGCAGGAUCAUGUAAGCGCUCGGGAGAUGGAGGAAGAGGAGGAGGAGGAGGAAGAGGAGGCGCGGGGCGGGGAGGAGGGAGGCGACCUGACGCCCAUCAACUCCAUGAUGAACACUGUCAUGAACGCGGGGCAGAUCAACGGCGGCGUGGACCCCAUCUCCACCAGCACGACGCCCAGCAAGACGCCCAGCAAGUCCCCUUCUGUGAAUCGCACGGGGAGAAGGAAUCAGGAGGUCAAAGAGGACCGCUCGCAAUUCAUUUGCCCCCUGUGCGACAAGAACUGUCAAACCCAGCACUCGCUCACUAUGCACAUCAGACAGCACAACACUGAGAGUGGGGCCACGGACCACUCGUGCAGCAUCUGUGGCAAGGCCCUGAGCUCGGCCAGCUCCCUGGACCGCCACAUGCUGGUGCACAGCGGAGAGCGACCCUACAAGUGCUCCGUCUGUGGACAGACCUUCACCACCAACGGCAACAUGCACAGACACAUGAAAAUCCAUGACAAGGACCCAAACACUGUCCUGAACACGAGCCCGCCCUCCCCAACCAAGCGCAGACGUCUGUCGGUCAAGCGGAAGCCCAGUGUGGAGGAUGAGGAGGAGACAGCUGACCACUCGCCCAACAAAAAGGUAAUGAUGGAGGAUCAGGCAGGGGAACGAGGUCGAGGCAAGCGUGAGGAGGAGCUGCUGCACUGCCCCAUCUGCUUCAAGACCUUCAUCUGUAAAUAUGGGCUUGAGUCCCACAUGGAGACUCAUCCAGACACUACUCUGAGGUGCAACCUGUGCUGCAUCAGCUUCCGCACCCAUCGUGGCCUGCUCCGGCACAACUCCGUCAUCCACAAGCAGUUGCCCACCGACCCCUCGGGACGCCCCUUCAUCCAGAGCAACCCCUCAGUGCCUCUGGGCUUCAGUGACCUGGCUUUCAUCGACUUCUCCUGCCACAAGUUCCCUCAGAUUGCCCAGGUGUGGUGUGAGACCAACUUGCGCAGAUGCUCGAGCAAGUUUCACCGGUUUGUGUGCGAAGUCUGCAACAAGGCUUUCCCCCUGCAGGACUCCUUGGAACUGCACAGAGUCACGCACAAAUCCAUCGCCGCUACCGACACCAACACUGCCACUGCCACGGCCACAGGUGCAGCUGAGGCUCCGAGUGCCGAUGACAUCACUGCUGCAGAUAAACCCGGGAUUAGCUCCACAGAAGAGAAGCAGGCCGAGGGCGAGGGGGAUGGGGAUGGGGAGGCGGCCGUGCCAAAGGAUCCGCUGCCCUCAGAGGAUGAGCACAAGACUAGCUUUAUGGACUAUCUGGGCCUCCAGCACUCGUCCAAGGUGAAGGCCGGCCCGUCGGAGGAGGAGCUGCAGCAGGCCAUCCUAGAUAGCAUCCGGGUGAUCCGCGUGGAGCCGCCCGUGACCAAUCUACCUCAGGAGGCCAGCAGCAGCCUGGGCCUGCCCCUGGUGGAGCCCCUCUCCCUCCAGGGCCUGACCCAGAGCAGCGCGCUCAACCUGCUCUCCCUGCAGCCCCUGCCGCGCGGCUUCGUGAUCGGGGCCGACAGCAGCCUGCUGGUGCGUCCCAUCAGCGGCCAGGCCGGCGUGGACGUGCAGCAGAUCCUGAAGAUGGCGACCACGGUGUCUUCGCAGAUGGCUGCCGCCAUGCCUGCUUUGGCCAAGACGUCCGCCCACGCGCAGCAACAGCAACAGCAGCAGCAUGCUGACGCCAAGCACAUUCCGCCGCUGAAACCGAAGCCACCGGUGACGCCCCGCUCCAACGUGGGCACCUCCAACCCCCCGCCGCCCCCCAUGAGUGCCCAGCAGGCCUCUCCCGGCUGCAUCAGCCCCAGCUUGCCCCCGCCCACCGGCCACCUCCUCAGGACCGCCAAACAGUCCUCGUCUUCCUCUGCGUCCUCCUCCUCCUCCUCGUCCCCCAUCAACCAGGGCUACAGCUGGGAAAACGCACAGCUGGGCUCCGACAGCGCUGUGACCGCGGUGCCUUACGACGCGGCCGCCGGCGCAGAGGAGGCGGGCGGCAAGGACGCCAAGAGCAAGGCCCCCUCCUCCAAGACGGAGUACCCGUGCCGCUUCUGCACGCAGGUCUUCUCCUUCCCCGCCGGCCUCCAGGCCCACAUGCGCCACCACCUGGGCGCCUCCCCGUACCAGUGCAGCAUCUGCAGCUACGCCGCGCCCGACAAGGCCACGCUCAUCCGCCACCUGCGCACGCACAGCGGCGAGCGGCCGUACGUGUGCCGCCUCUGCCACUACCCCUUCACCGUCAAGGCCAACUGCGAGCGCCACCUGCGCAAGAAGCACAUGAAGAGCACGCGCAAGGAGAUCGAGAAGAACAUCGAGUACGUCACGUCCUCGGGCUCGGGCGGCGUCGGCGGCCUCAACCCCACCACACUGGACCUCCUGGACCCGGCCGGCACCAGCGUCACGGCCUGCCGCUACUGCGGAGAGGACCUCAAGAACUACCGCGCGCUCCAGAUCCACCUGCGCACGCACAACGGCUGCCAGCGCAAGCCGUACGAGUGCCGCCAGUGCGGCGCGGCCUUCCUGGCCAAACGGAACUGCAUUCACCACCUGCUCAAGUGCCACCCCGAGGUCCCCGAGAGGGAGAUCGAGGAGCACAUCACCGCUCUGGCGCCAGUCAUGGCUCCCGCAACCAUCCCGAGCUCUACCCAGCCCCUGUCGUCCUCAAACGGCCUCCUGGCGGGGACUCCGCUGCCCUGCGUGAAAAGCGACACCAGCUCGUACACCAUCACUGCAGACCAGGACCAGCCCCUCGACUUCUCCAACAAGUCCAACAGCGUCCCCAUCAAGCGUGAAUCGGCGCCCUCGCCACAGCCGUUCGACUGCUCCAUGGAGCCCAUCGACCUCUCCAUCCGCAAGGACCCGGAGAGGAAGCGGAUGAAGCGCGAGGCGGCAGACCCCAUGCCCUUGCAUUGCCUUGCAGUGACCGAUCUCAAAAAGGAGGUUCCGUUCGCUGCCAGCACCACACACAAAGGGCCAGAGGAGAGCCACAGCCUUCAGCGGCCCUUUCAGAUCUCCCCUCCGCUGCUCACCUCGGCGCUGACCAGCGAGCAGCUCAAGACCACCCCGAGGCUGAAGCCGCUGCUGCCCAAACCCAGCGUGGUGUCCACCGCCACCGCAGAGCUUCCCCCUCUCGCCUCCAUCGCCCAGAUCAUCUCCUCGGUCUCCGCUGCCCCAUCACUACUCAAAGCAGGAAGGAGCGCCAGCAGCAGCCCUUCUGUCUCGGACAGCGGCAGAGGGCUGGUGAGUGUGGAGGUUCUGAGUGAAAAAGCCGUCGUGUCUGCCACCAUUGGUCCUGAGGCUGCCCUCGCUGCAUCUGAGGACUCGAUCGCUGGCGGCAACCCUAAAAAGAGAGGCAGGAAGCGAUCGGUCUCUGAGGACAUUGACGAGAACAGUCUCGGCCUGGCCUGCGGGCUGGACCUGGAGUCCAGCGGGGAGUUCCCCAGCGUGGAGAAGAUGCUAGCCACCACAGAUGCUAACAAGUUUAGCCCUUACCUGAGGCCGACCGGCGUGGACUCGAUGCCGGGGGACAUGGAGAGGGAGAGGCAGUCGAACAGCGAGGAGGAGAAGGACGGGAUUAAGGAGAAACAGAAGCCUAGACCUCAGAACAAAGUUAAGAAGAACGCUUACUCUAAUUCAGUGCAAAAGAUGACUUGCCCCUACUGUCCAAGAGUGUUCCCCUGGGCCAGUUCUCUGCAGAGGCACAUGCUAACACAUACAGGUCAGAAGCCAUAUCCAUGUCCACAGUGUGAUGCAUUGUUCUCCACCAAGUCCAACUGUGAGCGUCACUUGCUCCGCAAACACGGAGUGACCAGUCGCCUGCUCCAGAACAAUGGGUCUCGCUCCAAAGGCAGAGGAGAGGAAGGUUCCCAAGGAAGUGCAGAGAGCAUAUCUGACACCGAGCAAGGAGGGUCUUCAGAGGCGGGGGACCUGAACCUUAACUAUGAUGGCAGCAAGGGGGGUGCUGAGGAUAAGGAUCUGGAUCAGCUGGACCAGUCCUCCAUGGCGGGGCAGCCCGAGGACGGGUCGGACAACACUGAUGACAGAGCGGAAGACAUGGAGAACACUGUGGCCGAGGACAGCGACGACACUCAAAGCAACAAGAGCCUGGACGUGAAUCUGGCCUGCAAACUCAUUGACUUCAAGCUGACGCCCAGUGGCCAGCCCCAGCACAUGGGGGUGGUCGCCGCGGCCUCCGCUGCCAGGGCAGAGCUGGACAGCGGCUCUGCGGACCAUUUCCAGCACACCUGUCCCACCUGCAAGAAGAGCUUCCGCCACGCCACCACCCUCAACCGGCACCUAAAGUCCCACCUGCAGGAGGCCCAGGCAGAAGAAGCCGCCAGAAAGAAGGCACGUCAGCCCAAACCCACCACCAGCAACGCUGGCGAAGCAGAGGCGGAGCAAGACGGAGCGGCUCUGGAGAAGGACAACAUCAACAGCAGCAGCAGCGCGGAGAACUCCGGGGGAGAGGAGGACGAUAAGGAGCGGGAAGAUAGGAGUGAUGAGGAGGAGGACAGCGCCUCCACAGAGUCCAAGGGUGGGAGCGGUGAGAACGGCGGAGCAGGGAAGACGGACAAGAGGAAGAAGAUCUGCAGCAUGUGCAACAAGCGCUUCUGGAGCCUGCAGGACCUCACCAGACACAUGCGCUCACACACAGGUGAAAGGCCUUUUAAAUGCCAAACCUGCGAGCGGACCUUCACCCUAAAGCACAGCCUUGUGAGGCACCAGCGCAUCCACCAGAAACCGCUGGACAACAAAGACAUGGAGGUCGAGGGAGAGGGAGAGGGAGAGGACGAGGACGAUGAGGUGAACGAGGCCAUGCUGAGGGACGAUAUGGGCUCUGAGGACGGGGAGGCUUCCCCCUGCCACCCUGGCAGCCUGGGCGAGUCGACCGCUUGCAGUGCCAAUCCCGCUGCACUGGACGAAAAUGAGAGCAAGGAAGAGGAGUCAGCAGGCAAACACGAGCCUGUAACGGGAGAUGAGAAGCAGCAAGAAGAGGAGGAGGAGGAGAAUGAGGAUGAGGAUGAGGAAGGGGAAGGAGAAGGGGAGGAGGAGAUUGGAGACAAGAGGGAAGAAAAUGCAGAGACGGCAGCUGUGGAGGAGACAGAGGCACUGUCUAAAGAGCCAGUCCAAGAGCCUAAAGCCAAGAGUGCUUCCUUAGAGGACCAGACAGGUGGCGCUAUGGAGGCCGCUGAGGACCAGGCUGAUGACAUGGCAGAAACUGGGGAACAGCCAGAGUCCACUCAGUGAGUGGGGAUGGACUACUGUGGGCUCUGGCCCAAUCGUAACAUAGUCUUGUUGUGCCAUACGUCAACAAAACUGGUGCAAAAUGGGUCUUGGUUCUAGGUAUUUAGUACUUUUUCAUGUUAUCUCGUAGCUGUGGAAAAAUUUAAACAAUCAGUUCAAAGAUAAUUUUUGAGUGCCUUCAUAUUUUUCCCCAGACCAGAUUUUUUUAUAAACUGGAGAGAGUUCUUAUAAAUAUUUUACUGUUUUGAUAAUUUUGAAAUUAAAUGAUAGUUCAACAGCAUUUAUAUCACAUUCUAUUUGUACAAAUUACAUUGAGAAGAUAUGGAAACAUUUAAAAUGUAUUAUUCACAAUUGAAAUUCCAUUUUGUCUUUAGUAUUAAUGAGACCUUUGGCUUGAAUGUGUUUUUGUCUCGUAUGGGACAAGGCAGACCUUGAAGUGCCUUCAAAGUGCAUCCUCUUUUUGAAUAUCUUUUGCAUCGUCUUUGAAUGGAUGCUCAAUGGAGGACAUGGACCUUUAGAAGAGAUAUAAAUACUAAGAUGUUCAGUUCAUACUUUAACACCUCUGACAGUUCACUGAUGGAACAUUUUUGGGGCAAUAUUUGCUCUUCUUUGAGCCAUUCAGAUGGAGACGAGAACCCCCAGUCAAGGACAAGCUUUUGUGGGACUGUUCCCCCUGCUGGCUGGGAUUGUCAUGCUUUAUGUCGAGACACUAGCUGUGGUGCUUUGUCUUGCAGCUAGGAAGACUGUGUGCUUGUUUUAUGUGUGAGUGUGUGCCAGUGUGUGUGUGUCUUCGGGUGAAACUUCUGCGUUUUUAAGACAACAAUGUGUGUUUGACAACAAUAAGUAUUUCAUUUACUGUGUUAACUGAAGUGCACUGCGUGCAUCUGUUCAAUGCUGUAUUUGAGCUGGAAGGGUUAGCUUGUAUUCUGUUGUGUGCCCUGCUGGCCCUAUUGCCUUACGGAAUAUGCCUGUCUUCGUUUGUACUGCAGUCUUUAAUAAAACAAGCCUUUUUAGUAGCUAACAGAAGCAACCUCAGUAGCUAACGAAACAAACCUCAAAAUGUGUGACAGCCGAAGCUGGGAAUGUGUAGGUUGUGUUUGGAGUGUUGAGCAAUUGGUGAGUUGGGCGAAAAGCUCAAUUCUGAAUGACUAAGAACAAAAUGGAGUUGCAGAAAAAUCCAGUCCUGCACAGUCAACAGUGUCAACUUUAAUAUGCAUCAUUUUCAGAUGAACAGAUAGAACUGCUUGAUUCUGAAGCAAGUAUUGGUAUUAUACUAAACAUAGCAUCUUCCAUUGUAACUAAUUAUUAUAGAGGUGGCGGUUGGUUAGGACACUCCUUUAGCCAUUACUCUGGCUUGUUUGUAUUGCAUUUAUCUGCAGCAGAAAUCAGAAGGCAUCGUUGAUUCACCCUUGAACUGUAUUUGUUUUUUAUUUUUAUUUUAGAUAACCGGUCUUCAUUGUGUCCCGAAUGACUGUGUGCGUGUGUGUGCGCGUGUGUUUGUGUGUGUGCGUGUGUGUGUGUGCGUAUGUGUGCUUGCAUGUUAACAGCUAGUCUGAUCAUUAAAACACACUGAAUGAAUUGUUUUAAUCUAUUUAUUGGGGAAACUAGAAAGCGGUGAAAAGCAAUCCUGAGAAGCCAUGAGAUCACGUUCAUGCUGCUAAGAGGGUUGGAGAGAUGGAGUGAUGUUUGGAUUUUCAUUUAGCCGUACAUGUAAUGGGUUCUGAAGCAUGAGAUACUGUAUAGGCCUUAAAUUACAUUUGUUAAUUUUUUGUCUUGUUUUGUUGCAAUUACUUCAACUCUAAUUCAGAAAAUCCUUUAAAAAACAAAAGAAAAAAAGGAAAAAGGAAAAUGACAAAAAGUGGGUGUUGGUCUGCGUUUCCAUAGACAUAUUUUGAGUUUGGAUCUUAGAAUAGUUGCAUGUUAUUCUACAUUUUUUUUGUUAUUUUUGUCAGUUCUCUUCCUCAGGGGCUUUUCUGAAUAUGCAUACACUCUGUUAUCAUUAUUUUGUGGGGGGAAAACCGUGAUCUUUAUUAUAGUGAGAAAAGCAAUCACUACAAUUACAUGUGCACUUGACUGUGAAUUUUUUCAGGAAAGUUUGCCAAUGGCUUCAUCUCAGCUUCUUUGUAUCUUUGCCUUCAUCUUUUCUUGUAGCCUAUCCAAAUUGACUGUUGAAAUCACCAUAGAAUAUUUUAAGUUUUAAGUGGGCUUGAAACAUAUUGGAUCUGACGUAUGGUUUGAUUUUCUAUUUUUCUUUUACUCUGUACAGGUUCUUUGUAAUGUCAUUCUAUGUUGAAAUCAUUUAAACAAUAAAUGUACACUAAGAAAGAA